AUGAACAGACUCAUUGGAACGUCGAGGAAAGUGCCUAAGCCAACGUUAGGUGAAGCCAUAGCGACGACAGAUUCUAGAGUCGAGGCUGUGGAAGUCAAGAUAAAGAAAUAUGAUGCAGAAUUAGCUAGAUAUAAAGAACAAAUGAAUAAGAUGCGUGACGGACCGGGGAAGAAUGCAAUAAAGGCAAAGGCAAUGCGAGUGUUGAAACAACGAAAACUGUACGAAACUCAGCGUGAUCAGCUUCAACAGCAAUCAUUCAACAUGGAGCAGGCAGCCUUUACGACAGAGAAUCUUCGUAACGUUGCUACCACUGUCGAUGCUAUGCAAACAGCUAACAAGGAAAUGAAAAGACAGUAUAAAAAUAUUAAUAUUGAUCAAUUAGAGAGAGUCCAAGAUGAAAUGGAGGAUCUGAUGGAACAAGCGAAUGAUAUACAGGAAGCUCUAGGAAGAUCAUACGGGCUCCCAGAAGAUAUUGAUGAAGAGGAGCUGGAAGCCGAACUGGAUGCGUUGGGAGACGAGUUGGACUUUGAGGAGGAAGCCGAACCGUCAUACUUACAAGAGUCUGAAUUCCCCGAAUUGAACGCGGAAUUGGCAGACUUAGAGUCGGAAGCAAAGACAAUAGAAAGAGGAGCAGAGGCACCAGUGAAAAAUACUGCUUGA